AUGAAAAAUGUUACAAGCCAACAAAGAUACCCAAUUGAGAGUUGUGUUAUACUUCCUCCAAGGAUCAGCUCUGCUGGUUUGUUGAGGGAAUUUGAUGAUACAAAUUAUAGGUGGCUUGAUUAUGCGUCUCCAAGAAUUCAGUUGAUCAUAGUUUUGAUCAUUGUCCUCACUCAAGGCUUUCAUUCUAUGCUCAAACAUUUAGGCCUACCAGUCAUGACCUCCCAGAUCAUUGCUGGUGUAUUAUUAUCUGAAGCAGUACUUCCAAAACAAUGGUCAGAUAUUCUGAUGUCUCAAGAAACUGUACAAUUGCUUGGCACCUUAGGGGAGUUUGGCUAUACAUUUUUUGUGUUUCUGAGUGGAGUGAAAAUGGACAUAAGCAUGGUAACCAGGGUGGGAUCAAAGGCUUGUUAUCUGGCUUUAAUAUCGAUCUUCCCACCGAUGAUAUACGCCAUGUCAAGCACAGUAAUGAUGAGCAACAACCAGAAAGAAUUCACCAGAAUCUUGUAUAUUUCACCAUUGUUUUAUAUCACAUCUUUUCCAGUCAUUCAUUGCCUUCUAACAGAACUGAAAAUCCUUAACUCAGAACUUGGUAGACUAGCACACUCAACCGCUAUUAUUGCUGACUUUCUUAGUUUUAUUUGUGUAAUUAGUGCUUCUGCUACUUUAGGAACAAUUCAAGGAAUUCCUACAUCCCUUUCUCCUAAACUAGUACCUAUAUUUUUCUUCAUUAUUAUCGUUAUGGUUGUGCUCCGACCAGCAAUGCUUUUGGUUGUGAAAUUAACUCCUAAAGGGCGACAGGUAAACCAAACUUGCAUUUAUGCAAUAAUUAUAGUGUUACUGUGCAGUAUGAGGCUUAUUCCUGAAGUUUUUAAUAAGAAUAAACCCCUGUUGGUGAUUUAUGCUCUUGGUCUGGCUGUCCCUCAUGGACCCCCAUUAGGAUCUGCUCUGGUGGAGAAAUUUGACACUAUGGGUUCAGGUUUUUUUGUUCCAGUAUUUGUCACAACAUGUGCCAUGAGAUUACGGAAGUUAAGUCUAGAUUUCAGUAACGAAAUGGUAAAAGAGCAUGCAAUUAUUUCUACCGUGACUUUAUUAAUGAAAUUUCUGUCAUGUUUGGGGCCAUUGUUGUAUAAGAAAAUGCAUAAACCUGAUGCGUUUGCUCUUGCUCUCAUAUUGAGCGCCAAAGGAAUUAUUGAGUUAGCUGCCUAUACAUUAAUGAGUGAUGGAAAGGUUUUGUCUCCAGAAGUAUUCCAUGCAGGACUCAUUUUUGUCACAAUCAGCGGAAGCAUUGUGCCUGUUUUGGUGAGAAAAUUGUAUGAUCCUUCACGGAAAUAUGCCGGCUAUCAAAUAAGGAAAAUUAUGGAUGCCAAGCUUGAUGCAGAACUACAAAUUAUUACUUGCAUUCAUGUUCCAAACAAUGUCACAUCAGUCAUCAACAUGUUGAACAUCUCAUAUCCCACAAAAGAAACCCCUUUAGCUGUUAGUGUGCUUCACCUUGUCAAGCUUAGUGGAUUUGAUGGCCCAAUUUUCCUUUCCCAUCAAAAGAGAAGUAAAAGCCUCACUGGUUACUGGUACUCCGAAAAUGUCAUCCUUUCCUUCAAGAAAUUUGAGGGAAAUCAUUGGGGAGCUGUAACAUUGAAUGCCUUCACAGCUAUCUCACCACCAGAGUUCAUGCAUGAUGAUAUUUGUACUCUUGCACUUGACAAGCUUGCCUCUCUUAUCAUCCUUCCAUUUCACAGAACAUGGUAUAUUGAUGGCUCAGUCCAAUCCGAAGACACCACCGUCAGGAAUCUAAAUCAAAGAGUCCUAGAAAAAGCUCCUUGUUCCGUAGGAAUCCUCAUCGAUCAUGGCAACAUAAGACGACCCAUCUUUUCGGCUGCUCCAGCAGAAUCAUACUCUGAGGUUGCUAUGCUGUUCUUUGGCGGCAACGAUGACCGUGAGGCGUUGACACUAGCUAAAAGAAUGGCUAGGAACACCAAAGUUAGGCUUACAGUAGCACAAUUUAUUGCCAAGAGUGAUGACGGCGAAGUAGACUGGGAAAUAAUUCUUGAUUCUGAGGUUCUGCAGAAUGUUAAGAGUAAUGAUCGUAUCAACUACAUUAAGCACGUCGUAAACGACGGGCCUGAAACAGUAAACAUUGUUCAUUCAAUGGUUGACGAAUUUGAUCUAAUCAUUGUUGGGAGAAGAUACAACAUAGAAGAUCCACAAACUUCAGGACUCAAAGAAUGGAGUGAGUUUCCAGAGAUUGGAAUUAUGGGAGACUUGCUUGCUUCAAAAGAUUUAACUGGGAAAUGUUCAGUCUUGGUUGUGCAGCAACAACAUAUAGUUUAA